CUGCGGUAUGCCUUUGUCAAGCUACCAGACGAGUACUGUGAGCUCGGGUGAAACCACCAUGUCUACGCCUCAAAGUCCCGAGGAACUUCUUGCCUCUCUCGGCUCCAUGUCGAAGCGAAUACUAGUCUGCACGAAAAGCAGUCUUGAUACAUUACCUGUCACAGCCAAUCGCAACCCGAAUGUGCUGCUAGAACCUAUACGCGUUGCAAAGCCUCCUCCAAUUUUCGCGCGUCUAUUGGAGGCUGGUGCUCCUCAACAUCUUGCCCAAGAAAUGCACACGAUCUAUCUCGACCGCGCGAAAAAGUUCAGGACGCGUUUCACAGCUUUGAUCUCCCGUCUCCGACAAGAUCUUUCUCGGCUACCCACUGAUGACAUCGACACAUUUGACGACCAACUCACUCCUCUGUUUCUCGGAAUGUACACAAAAGCCCUGCAGGACUGGGCGCGCGAAGGUGUUGAUAUGUUUCGCAGGCGGCGACUUCCUGACCACAAGAGACCGUUCAAUCGAAUAUUUAACCAUGAUUAUGUGCCCCUUCUGGAGCACUUUUUCGACGAGAAUCCCUUCCCGACUCAUGCAGAUAAGGCUUUCUUAGCCAGGAAGUCUGGUAUGAGCUAUCAGCAAAUUCAUGUGUGGUUUCAAAAUCGAAGAAGCCGAUAUCGGAAAGUGGGCAAGGUUCUCCGCAAAAGAACAAUGUCCGAAGGCACCGCCCUAUCUCCCAACAGCCCUGCAGUCCGUAUGGAUAAUUGGGUAACCAAACCUGGCGAGGCGACCGUCGACGAAAAUUGCAGUGACAAGGAGGCGAAGCAGUCCGAUCCACUUGAUCAACCGCGCGACCAAUGUCCUGUGAUUAGCUGUUCGACACAGGCUGAAAUCGAAUUUAACCCGAGUUGGUGGCCUCGUCGCCCUUCUUUGGUGAACCCCAGGCAAUCUUUCAUUGAUAUGGAAGGUCUGGUGGAAAAGUUUUCUCAGUUGUCAGUCCGGGACCGCACAGGUGGGCGGGGUAAAAAGCACCAGGCUGGCUUGUGUUAUUCACCUGCUGCUACUUCAUCCGUUACUGUUGUGCCAACACCUGCGCCGCUUCCUGCUCUUAUUCGAAGAGGGGAUGUAUCGUUACCACCCUUACCUCCACUUAUCGUCCCACGUACCAGCGCUUCUCGGUCUACUCGUCUGCGAGCCUUCAAUUCCCAUCAAUUACCUAAUCUAUUGGCUCCCUCGGUUGUCUCUGACUUUCCCGAGUCGCCGCACAAAAAACGGAAAGUUAUCUCAGAAGAUUCAUUCCUUGGCGCAACUUCAUUCGUAUGUGAACGGCUGUCCAUGGCCGAAUGUGACGUCGCUUCUUCAAGAGUGCCUCAGGUCACCCCACACUCAAUUCCGACCUUGUCCACAAAUACUACUCCGAGACACGUACUCCAAACGAAUGGUAGUCUUCCUUGGGUAUUUCCAAUCGGGCGGCGAGGUCUUUCGAAAUACGCUACACCACCUUGGGGCUUUCUGCCUGCGUUAACUGUUUGAACAUCACUAUUUUCUACUCUUUCACACCAGGUGAAAAAGUUUUCACCCAGGCAGCGUUUCUUGCCCUACUAAACCCUCGUGGACUCCAUUUGUAUUGCAUGCAUAGUUAUCGUUAUUGUUAUAUCUACGUGGUUUGUGGGCUAUAUUAUGUCAUACCUAGGGACUUACCUUCUGCAGCAAUUUCACGUCAUUACAACAAUCAUUCCAGUCUUCCUAGGAAGUGUCUUCUCAG